AACCAACGUCCCUCCCUGAAACCCACAAUGGUAGUGGGAACUAUGCAUCCGCGGUAGGUCACGCAGCUCACGCGGCUCUGCUCUUACCUAUCCGGUCCAUAUAUGCUUCUCUCGUUCGCUUGGCCGGCCACAGUUAGUUCACGCAGUUGAAGUUGCAAGAAGCAGCUUGUGUGCAUUCCUCUGUAGUGUGCCAUGGCUCGGCUCUACCAGCUCACCGUCCUCUCCGUCUUCUUCUUCCUGCUCCUCACCGGCCUCGUGGCUGCCGAUCCGUCUGGAGGGAAGAAGGUCGGGAAGAAGGUGAUCAUGACGGUGCGGUAUCCGGCUGCCGACUCGGGGGAGAAGGUCACGAUCUCGACGCACCUCAUCGGCGAGGGCGGGGUCGGCGACAGCCACUUCCAUCUCGACGGCGACGACUACGAACCCAUCAUUUUCGCCACGAAAAACCUUGUGUCGGCCCUGGAGAAGGUAGGAGAUCCGCAGGCCUCUCUAUCCGAGGUAACGAACAUUUUGCCCCUCCCUAUCUCAUCCGUUGUUUCAGAUUUCAGAACGCAAAUAUAAGCUUUCAGAACGCAAAUGUAAGCUACUGACCUUUGCCUAAUUGUUUCUCAGCUGUAGAAGCACGUACGUGACGUGAGUGAGCUUUCACGGGGCUCACUGCAUGCUCAGUGGUGGUUGCAUGCCCAGUCAGUGGAGAUUGGUGAUGGAGCUCCUCUUUUCUUUCGUCUCUGCGAUAAUACAUUAGGCACUUUUUAUUUUGUUGUUGUGCUCAUUCGGGGAGCGUAUCGGGUGGCCUACUAUUUAGGCUAUGUAUCUUGGAUUCCGUCAUCUAUUUGUUUUUCUUCUGCUCAAUUUUCGUCAAGUCGAGGAUCUCUAUUGUGCUUUAGUAUUAACAGAUUAAAUAGAGCAUAGCUGCACAAAUAUAAUCAAAUACAGAUGGGAAGGAUAUAAAAAAUGUAAGAAACAAAGAGGGAUACAAGUGAGGAACUGAUUGAGAUAGAAAACAGGGGGAUACAUUAGCUUGUUUUGAAAAGAAGGAUUUUAUUGAACAAAGUAGCACCAAAGUACGUAGUUCAAUACAAGUUCUCAAGCAAAGCUGAAUAAAAUGAAA